GAAACAUGUGGUUUUUGGCCAUGUCAUCAGAGGACAGGAUGUUGUAAUAGCUAUUGAGAACCAAAAGACAGAUGAAAAUAAUCGUCCUAUCAGUGAGGUUAAGAUAACCAGCUGUGGAGAGCUUAUUUUGCAGAUUAAACAAAAAGCCAAGAAGAAAAAAGAUACCAAAUCUUCAGAAUCUGAAUAUGCAAGUAGUUCCAGUGAAUCAGGAAGUGAAUCUGAGGAUGAUCAGAAAAAUAUAGAAAGAAAAAAAAAGGACAAAAAGAAAAAAGCAAAGAAGAGGAGAAAAGAAAAAAAGAAAAUUAAAAAAAGGAGACUUAAUGGGAGAUGGCAGGCAGCUGCCUUACCAAAGCAGCAGGAGGGGUGGAACACCAAAAUGUGGUCAGGGCAAAGAUGAACAGCUAGGAAGCUUAGACAGUCUUAAGGACAGGUUUCAGAAGAGAGAUGAAAUAAGUGAGGAGGAAACAAGUAACCACAAAGAAAAGAAGCACAAGAAACACAAAAAGACAGAAAAGUCUAACAACAACAAGCUCAAGAUAAAGCACAGCAUAGAGAUGCAUCCGACAGUUUCAAGGUCAUCUUCAAGAGAGAGAAUUUUGUUAAGAAAAUCAAGGGCCCCUUUAAAAGAGAAAUCUAGGUCAAGGAGAUCAAGGUCCCCUUCAAAAGAAAGAUUUAGGUCAAGGAAAUCAAGGUCCUCUUCAAAAGAGAGACCUAGAUCAAAAAAAUUAAGGUCACCUUCAGAAGCGAGAUCUAGGUCAAGGAAGUCAAGGUCACCUUCAGAAGAGAGAUCUAGGUCAAGGAAGUCGAGGUCACCUUCAGAAGAGAGAUCUAGGUCAAGGAAGUUGAGGUCACCUUCAGAAGAGAGAUCUAGGUCAAGGAAGUCGAGGUCACCUUCAAAAAAAAAAAAAAGAUCUUGGUCAAGGAAACCAAGGGCACAUUCAGAAGAGAGUUCAGUUGUAUCAAGCUCAGGUGAUGGCUCUACUCUAGCUAGCUAGAUUUCGUGGUCAAUUAUUGCUUUCCUGUACGUUUGGCACUGGAAAUCUUUUUUUUUUUUCAAAAUCAAAUGUUAAUUAUCUUUUUUUAUAUGGGAAGUAUAUUUUUAACUGAUAUUUUUUGGGGUGGGUUUUGGCUAGGAUAUCUUGAAUGUAUGAUUUCAAGGAUCCCAGACCUACUGUUCCUACUUUUUGGGUAGGACCCUCCUACUUUGAAAGAAAAUGUCCAACUUUUCCUGCUUUUAAAUGAAUUCAUUUGAAAGUUUUGUCAUUUUGAACACUUUCUCUGCAUGCUUCUCUUUUCUUCUCCUUCUCUUCUCCUUUCUCUUUUUCUUCCCUUUUUCAUUUGUGUUUGGAAUUUUUCUUUUGUCUUUUCAAACUUUGUGCGCUUGGACUACCUUGUAUCUAGAUUAAAUUACAAUAGAACAUCCAGGGCUCGGUUUCAUCACAACAUAGUAGUAUUAUAGUACUAUUUAUUCAUAUGUAAAUUGGGAGAAGUCCCAGAAUUCCACAUGUGACACAGAAUUUACAUAGUGGUGAUUUCCCUGCCAAAUUUCUUUUUAGAAAC